GAAGACACAACACAUCCAGAGCAGAGCACUUGCUGUUGUCGUUCAGUCUCUUUGCUGCAUUUAGAGACAUUUCACUUCAGGAUCCAGCGGAAUUAAUGACAGGUUCUUCAAGAUGCUCCAGCAAUAUGGACGAACAUCGACUAUCUGACUAGUAUAAAACCCUUCAAUAACAACCUGCUAAAGUAGAGGAUCAUCUCCUGAAACUGACUCUGCUUUCACACUUCCGCUGGAUCUAACACCGAUUUGAGGAUCUUUUGAGAGACACAAGGCCUCUUUGUGUUGAUGCAUCAUGGCCAAAGUGCAGGUGCUCAAUGUGGCUGUUCUGGACAAUCCGAGUCCUUUUGGAAACCCCUUUCAGUUCGAGAUUACCUUUGAGUGCAUGGAAGAUCUCCCUGAAGAUCUAGAGUGGAAGAUCAUCUACGUGGGCUCUGCGGAGAGUGAGGAGUACGACCAGGUUCUGGACUCGGUUCUGGUCGGCCCGGUUCCUGCAGGCAGACAUAUGUUCGUGUUUCAGGCGGAUGCUCCAAACACAGGACUGAUCCCUGAGAGUGACGCCGUGGGCGUAACUGUCGUGCUGAUCACAUGCACCUAUCGCGGACAAGAAUUCAUUCGCAUUGGCUACUAUGUGAACAACGAGUAUACGGACCCUGAGCUGCGGGAAAAUCCACCAGUCAAGCCAAACUACACACAGCUGCAGAGGAACAUCUUGGCAUCAAACCCUCGAGUAACCCGUUUCCACAUCAACUGGGAAGCAACGGUGGACAAGAUGGAAGAUUCUGAGAAUGUUGAUCCCGCCCCCAACACCAUGCUCCCGCCCACCUCCAUGCCUGGCAAAGCCCCGCCCCUCGGACUGAUGCCCGAUAACUCCAUGGACUGCUUAUAGUGCACACGUACACACUAGCAUACGUUUGGUUAUAAAUAAAUAAACAUAUUGUUUUGCAUUUAUACACUGAAAUGUGCGUACAGUUGGACAGACGGUGUGUAAGGGUGUAAUUCAACACGUCCACACAUAUAUUCACCUCAGUUAUCUGGCACUUAUUGGUCUGAUACCAUACCUGAACUGGCGUCUUCUCGCACUUUCCAUCCUGGACAGGGGACGGCACCUGCUGCACCAGCAGACAUGAACUGUUUUCUUCAUCUGCCCACUAUUUUCCUAACUCGGGAUCUUUUUUUGGUUCGUGUCACAAUUCCAACUGUUUGUUGUAAUGUGACCUUAUUAUUAUUUUAUUAAAACGUCAUGUUUGACCUAUCCUGUACACCCGUUUGGAGUUUAAGUUUGUUGCCUUUUUUCUUUUGAUGUGAUAAAGA